AGGACAGAAAUAAAAGAAACCAAGUCUGGAACACAAUGAUUGAUUGAUUAUAAUCACUUCUUAUAAACUCUCACUUUUUUCUAGUUUUCUUCUCCUUCUUUUAGCAAGCUCAAUCAAAAGAGAGAGAGAGAGAUCCAUGGAGGGUCUUCAAAGAUCAACAAUCUCGUUCCGCCGUCAAGGAUCUUCCGGUAUAGUCUUUGACGAUCGUCUCAUCGCCGAGCUUAACAAAUCUGGCGGCGGUGGCGGCGGCAGCAACGAGCAGAAAGACGAAAGUCAACGCGACGAACAACCCAAACCGUUGUCUGAAAGCUCGGACCAGGUCAAACCUGUAACCGCUUCCGGAGAGGAGAAAGACAACAACAAGCUCAAACCUAUUAAAACCGGUGGAGGAGGUAUAGAGAGGAGUCGAUCUAACGGCGGAGGAGCUCAACGACAUCACAGAACAACAGGAAGAGUAUCUCCGGCUGUAGACCCUCCGUCUCCGAGAAUUUCUUCAUGCGGUUGUUGCUCUGCUUUUGGUAAGAAUCAGCCGGGGAAGAAGAAGGUUAACAACAACCCGAGGAAAAGGCCGCCUAAACGUAGAUCGAGGGAGAUAGAGGUAGGCGUCAGGAUUUAAAUCAACAACAACUCAUGAGAGUAACAAAAAUACUAGUAUACACUUUUGUCUUUGAUCUUUCUUUUAUUUGAUUUUUGUAUCUGCUCUGUUGUGUGUGCUCUCUGUUAUAAAAACCUUUAAUCUUAUUUUUUUUUUUUCCGAUUUGAUCAAACAAACUUUGGUGUAUUGUAUAAAUUAUAUCUUUCUUUCUUUGUUUA